AUGUCGGUAACCGCGCCGUUGAGUGGAGAAAUCGUGCUGACUCUGGAUGAGAGGAAUCCGAGUGAUUUCUUCGUGAAGCUCCGUUGGUUGGCGCGAGCAAACGAGUGGGACGAUACCAAGACGAUGACGAAGUGCUUGUUGUUCAUCGGCCUGCGACAGACCUGGUUGGCAUCCCGCCUCGAGAAGGAUAUCGGGAACUUGGCGGAGGGAAAGGUGCCGAAGGUAGACCAGUUACAGGCAAUGGUCGAACUGGUUUUGGCUCCCAAGACUGUGCGUCACACAUUCAUCGAUGAGUUCGAGAAGAUAUCGUUGCAAAGUAGUUCAGUGUAUGAGGUGCGAGAGAGGCUGGAAAACAAUUUCCGCCUGGCCUUGCCCGAGGCUGAAACAGCCUCGGUAGAACUCAUGGUGAAAAGGCAACUCAUCAAAGCUUGUCCAGCAGCAUGGCAGCAACGACUCAAAGAAGCUGAGUUCAAGAACGUGGACGCGAUGUGUGAUAAAAUCUUCUUGCUACAGAAGGUUACGGCCGAGGUUACGGUUCCAAGAAUGGAUAGAACCGGGGAUACGCUAGCCAGGGCGACGACGAGUGAAGCGACUUGCAGGAAGUGUGGUCUCCGGGGGCAUUUCGCCAAGGAGUGCCGAACGCGGUGUUUCAAAUGCAAAGCAAAGGGUCACGUCAAGGCUCAAUGUCCACAGCUUCGGGAGAAAGGAGCGACUCAAAUAGCGAAUGAGAGAUCGCGCAGGGUGGAUCUCUUAUUGGAGGACGCUGUUCUUGUGAAGUCUUCGCCAGAGGAAUCCGACAUUACGGUGAAUGUAUUCAUCGAAGGCGUACUCCAUUUGGCUUUGGUGGAUUGUGGAAGCUACCACAAUUUGAUUACGGUCAACACCUUGAGGAACCUGAAUGGAGGAGCCGCAGUGAGGCCGACGUCGGUUCGGUUGGGCGCCAUAAACAAGACUUCGCUCAAGGUUUUGGGGGAAGUGAGCCUGACAACCGAGCUAGGGACACGCGAAUGCGAGCUGGAUUUCAUUGUGAUUGAGGAGAUGUCGGACCCGUUGAUCAUCGGGAAAAAGGGGGCGGAUCAGCUCCGGAUCGUAGUGUGGUUCCAGACACGUCGAACCUUGCCUACGCAUGAAAGGAAGUUGCAAGAGCUGGGCGAACGUUUCGAGGAUCUUUUCGCUCGUAGCCAAUAUGACGUUGGCCGGGUCGAGUUGGAGCAUUCGAUCCAAGUGACAUCGGAUCAGCCCAUAGUGAAACGCCAGUACAAAGUUCCGGUCCAUUUUCAAGAAAGAGCGAGGAUCACGCUAGAAAAGAUGGUCGAAGCAGGAAUCAUAGCGGAGGGUGAAUCCGCGUAUUCCUCGCCAGCGUUCAUGAUACCGAAGGGUAAAACGGAGGAACUAAGGCUCGUGAUCGACUACAGAGAGCUCAACAAGGUAACCGUGGAUGAUCCGUUCCCGAUACCAGACAUGUUGGCAGUUGUCAACGAAGCAGCGAAGUUCAGGUUCUUCUCGACGAUAGACAUUCGUGGUGGAUACUGGCAUUUCAAAAUGGCAGAAGUUCACCGAGCGAAAACGGCUUUCGUGAUAAUGGACAGACAAUAUGUGUGCAUCGCCAUGCCCAUGGGGCUGAAAAACGCGCCGAAGACUUUCGCGCGAGGCUUGCUGCUGAGCUUGGCCAAGCUGAGGGAAGAGCUUGGAAAAAGGAAGUUCCUCCCAGGCGUGCACUACGCCAUUGCUAGUUUCUACGAUGAUAUCGUUCUGGCAACGCACGACGAAGAUGUUCAUCUAUUGGUGCUGGAAGAGUUUUGCAAACGAUUCGCUGUGGAUGGGUGGAAAUUGAACAAGGCGAAGAGCAAGUGGAUGGUGGAAGAAGCGGAGAUACUUGGUCACCUGGUGACGAAAGGGAAGGUAACUCCAAGACCAAGCUUCAAAGAGGAAAUGCGCACAUGGGAGGUGCCCGGAGAUCAAAAGGAGCUCCGUACGUUCCUCGGAUUCGCAGGGUUCCAUUCGCGAAUGAUAAAGAAUUAUAGCUCGCUCACCGCUCCACUGAAUAGAUUGAUUGGAGACGUUCCAUACGAAUGGGGAAUGGUGGAACAAGAAGCGUUCGACAAGUUGAAGGAGUUGCUUUCGAGCGAACCCGUGAUCAGACCCUUCCAAGUGAACGUACCCACGGUCUUGAUUACGGAUGCGUCGGGAACGGGCUGGGGUGCGGUGUUGGAACAGGAAAAUCAACCGGUCGAGUAUUGCUCAGGUCGCUGGAAUACAACCGAGUCGAAAUGGAGCACCACCAGGAAGGAGUUCCGGGCGUUGGUGAACGCCGUGCAGAAAUGGAAGUAUUUUCUCAUCGGUAGCCAGUUCACGGUAAUAACAGACCACCAAGCGAUUGCGAAAGGGUUCAGACACGAUUGUGACGACCCGGUGCUUUUCCGGUGGGCCAGGAAACUGGAUGGAUACAGUAUGGUUGUCCAACACCGACCCGGACUAACGAUUGCUCAUGCGGAUGCGCUGAGUAGAAAACCGUUCACCCCUCAUCGGAGAGUAAGCCAAAGAGAAGUCUGGGCGGAUGAGUGUCGACGUGAUGAAAUUUUGGAGUUUUUAAGAGCAAAACUCCGGAAUGAUACGAGAGUGCCACCAGAAUCUGCUGAUCCAGCCGAACUUCAGUUUUGGAUGCAACAGCUGUCGCGGGGCAGCCUGAAAACGGAGGGAGACAAUGUUCUGUACAAGGGUGUGAAAGUGGUUCCGCAAAACAUGCGACUGGAAAUAUUCAGAGCCGCACACUGUCAUCCAAUGGCUGGACACAUGGGAAGCAAACGGACUCAGAAGAGGAUACGGGAAUUCUACUACUGGUACAAUAUGGGGAAGGACGUCAAUGAUCUCAAAAAAGGGUGCCUGAUCUGCGCGAAGAAUAAUGUGAAACGGCAGAAAUCCUCAGAGCCAAGGCUCACGGUGGGGCUUGUCGAGGUGCCAUUGUGCCAGUGGGCGAUGGAUUUCCUAGGACCGCUCCCGGUGUCUAGGAAUGGUUACAGAAACAUCUUGGUAGUGACAGAUUUGUUCACGAAAUGGGUGGAACUGUUCCCGACGGAAACUCAGACAGCCAAGGAAACGACGAAGUGUAUAAUCGAGUUGGUGCUCAGGUACUCGAUUCCUAGCAGUUUGCUGAGUGACCAGGGCACGAACUUCACGGCUGAUCUCACUCAGGCGUUAUUGAAGGCGCUCGACAUAAAACAUCUUCGAACGAGCCCAUAUCACCCGCAAACAGAUGGUCAGACAGAACGUUUUAACGCAGCGCUGAUGCAAUACAUCCGAAAGUACGUGGAAGACGAUCCCGAGCAUUGGGAUAAGCAUCUUCAACACGCGGCGUAUGCAUACCGGACGUCGGUGCAUAGCGUCACGGGGUUCAGCCCCACGGCUGAGGCUAAGAACGUAGCCGGCGAAGCGUGCAUCGGGUGCGUGUGGAUUCGAAAUGAGAUGAAUCAGGCCCGAAAUGAGAACGCACGACUGAGGGCGGCCAAUGCAGACCUGGAGGAAAGACUCGAAAAACAGGUCUCGGCCAAUGCCCAAUUGAUCGCACAUUACACCGCAGAAAUCUUGCGGCGUACCGAUCUAGAGAAAGAGCUGGCGGGAGCGAAACUUGCUGCCCUUGGGUCCAGCCAGAACAUGAUCGUAGGAGAGGGGGCCGAAAUUGUGCCCACCUCAUGUGCCUACCUGAUCGGAGAGGAAAUUCUCGACGGUCUAUACGAAAAUAAACACUUGAGUGGAUUGCUCGGGAAGACAUGCGUCCUGAGAACCAAGCAGUGCCUGAUUGCCAGGCACUUCGAAAUGGCGGAGAAAUUGAUCCGCGAGGGGACGGCGGAAAAAAAGCAUGUCCUCUUUGAAAUUGGCAAGUCCAAUCUCCGGGACGAAAACUUCCGUUCCUGGAAAGCUAAAGAACUUGGUGACCAGAGCACCAAUGGCCUGGGUAAAUUGUUGGCCAACAAAAAUGUUGCCACAAUUACGUGGACGAAUCUCCCAGAAAAGGGAGAUUUGGCUCAUCCAGCCAGUGAAGUGAACCGGGUGAUAGAGGAGUGGAUCGAAACGCAAGAUCCGGAAAAAGUGUCCCUCUUUAAUUUGAGGGGCCUUUACCAAAACCGAAUCUUAUUUGAUUCGGACAACCUGACGAAAAUCGGUCAGGCGGAGGCGGCAAAAAAACUGACCGCCUGGUAUGUCACCACGGUACAGCUCGAUACCGAAGAGGAAGAAAACCUCCGAGCCCUGAUGAAAAAAAGGAAAGAUGCGAGAGACGCGAAAGGAAUCAUCCUGGUGAGCGAAACAUGGCUCAUGAAUGAGGAGGUUCCGCCAAAAAUAUCCCAAUACGAAUGGCUGGGAUCCAACAGAGAAGGAAAAACGGGGAAACACGCGAAAGCGGGAGUGGGAAUACUGAUCCCGCAGGGCAUUGGGCGAGUGAUCUCAACCGAAAGGGGAAGGGAUUUCAUAGCGACCAAGGUGGAAAUCCAAUCAUCGAUAUGGUUGUUUUGCUCAAUCUAUGUUGCGCACGAGAGAGGACGACAGAACGGACAAUUGUUCGAAAAUAUUACCAAUGUGCUCAGCCACGAACACGACGGAAAAACGCACGUGGUGAUUGGCGGGGACAUGAAUGCUCAUAUAACGCAGUUCUCAGAGCAGGAAGAUGCGAGAGGCUGGUUAGUGAAGAACUUUGCGAGUCAGAAUGGACUCAUUAUUGUGAAUACUUCCGACAAAUGCGAAGGGAAGUUCACUCGAAAAGGAGCAGUUCUGGAUUAUGUACUCUGCAAUACAUCGGCGUACAGAAAACUCCAACAGAUGGUGAUUGAUGAAAAGAGACAGAUAACACAGAUCUCGGACCACAAUCUAAUCACAGCCAUCUUCCAGAUCGCAGAAAACAGGGGGGACAAGAAAAAGUUGUCAAAAAAACUCAAUCUAGUCGAUAGGAACAGGGCCGCUCUUGGAACGAAGGCUAGCCUGAGAACCAAACUGCUCCGAGACGAGCCGGUGACGUAUGAGAUCCUGAAAUAUACUAUCCAGGAGAAUAUACGGAAGAGCUCAAGGAUGGUGAGGGUGUCAAAUGCGUAUCCCACACAAUCCAGGGAGAUUUCCCGCCUCCACAAAGAGAAAAAGGCUCUCGGCAAAGAGUGGAGGCGAGCCGGAGAUAGGGGAGAUCUAGAAAAACAGCACCAACUAGCUGGAGAAUUGAAUGACGUUCGGAGGAAAAUCUACGACCAAGUCGAGAGAGAGGUUGCCAACAGCAACAGAAAACUCUACGACUAUAUAAUUCGAGCCCCGAGACAUCAGAGGGCAAAAAGAUUCUGGGAAUACACCCGGAAAGAGGACAGGGGGGACCGAAAACCGGCGGCUGCCCUAGAUGAGUCCGGGAGGGAGAUCAAGGACGGAGAAAUGGAGGACCACCUCACGGAGGUCCUCUCGAACUUGCUCGAAUGCGAUAAUGCUGAGAGUCCCACCACGGACCCUAAGAGAGAACUGAAGGUCCCAAUGGGGUCACAAGUAGUGGUUGACGCCGAUAUGAUAGCUGAAGUUUUUGGGAAA